AUGCUUAGACAGAAUCUCCAGGCUUCGACCUCUUUAUCUGCUGAUCACAACCCUUCUAGUCUUUUGACGGCUAUUUGUGAAACGCCAGGUCAGCCACCGAAAAGUGUUUUCAUUAGCAAGUCUGUAGCUGCGGCGUUUGCGGCUGCUACCGCCAGUGGGAAUAACACUGUUGCCACCCCCGUUUUGCAAGCCCCUCAACCGUCACAGUCGGCGAAUGUUUUGUCUGAUGAAAGUUUGAAUUCUGAACAGAAUGAUGUUCGUUCUGGUUCUUCAUUAGGUGAUGCAACAACAACGCUUGAAAAUGGAAAUGUAAAUUUUCUUCGUUGUGGUACAAUUUCACAGAGCAUUGCUGCGCCAAUUUCUAUUAAUUUGCCCAUCACCACUAAUGCUACACUUCAGCCGACUUUAACUGUGAUCGGAAGUCUGCCGAAUUCCUUAACAAAUAGCACUCCCGCCACCAUUCUUUCAAUUGGAAAUCCCAAUAACCGGAACUUUCCAGCUCCGAAUAACGCAUCAGCAAUCACGGCUCUUUUACGUGGCUUAAGUCGUUCCAAGACAUUAGCAACUGCUUCAGCAAGCGAAUCGUUGAUUUCGAAAACCGCCAAUACUCUUGCUACAGAGGCCCCUGUUAUGACGUCCAGCAUUGAUGCAAAACCGGUUUCUGACCCACCAUCUGCUCCCCAAUUACCACUGGACAUUAGCUCACUGACUGCUGCUGUUGCCGCUGUAACUGGCACUCUUCCACGCAAUCCAACCAUUUCUCCCGGACCUCUGCCUGGAUCAGUACUCCUUUCAUGUCCGAAGAUUGUUCCAAAUGGAGACCAAAAUUCGCCAAUUAUGAAUGCCGUUAGUCAAAGGACAAAUGACAGUCCUGUCCUGACGACAGAUUCGGGAACCAUAGUAACAGAACAAAUCAAAUCUGAACCGCCCUUGAAGGAGUCUCCAGAUUCUACCAUCGAUAGGAUUCUCGAGAACAUCCGUGGUCAGCUUCGAGCGUCCGAGGCUGAGAAAGCAGCCAGAGCCUCACUUGUCACCUCAAAUACUUGCGUACGGAAGAUGAAAGUUAGUGAAGCAAAGCCUCCGUCUUUAAUUUCACAAAGUGGAGGGGUUCGUCUUCAGCUUCCUAUCAAAAAAGGUAGCGGUAAAUUAGCUCCUGUAGCUCCAAAUCCAGCAGCUAGAACAGGACUUUCUGCCUCGAUUAAUUUGUCAAAUACCAAUUCAACGUCAACCAUUACUUCAGCAAUGGAGUCCGUUCACAAGGUUUACAAGUGUCGAUAUUGUGGAAAAACUUUCAAUCGCAAAUUUUGUCGGGAGCGUCAUGAACGACUUCAUACCGGCGUGAAGCCCUACACUUGCGAAAUUUGCAAUGAAAAAUUCAUUCGUUUAGAGGACAAGAAACGCCAUGUACGCUCAAUUCUACAUACGUCACGUGUAGCAGCCGCACAGGCCUCUGGGAAGCUAAUUCCUGCAGGUCUGGAUCCCCAGGAUAUGUCAGAAGGCGAUGCUUCUCCCACUUCCGAACAUACUUUUUGUAUGGAAGAUCCGGGAGCUGACACUCAGGCAGAAGCAGAGUCUUCGGAGGAUCCGAUUCCCGUUUCCGCAUCCCCAUCGCCACCUACUCAGGCCACCUAUAAACAUUUCCGCCGCUCAGAGCUGAAACAGUCAGUGACGCCCGUUCGACUUCUCUCCACCGAAGGUGCGGAACCGGGCUAA